GCUCCUCCGCACACGGGAGCGCACGCGCACCCAGCAAUCCGCGGCAAAACCACACCGAAGCCGCCGCCUCCUCUCGCCUCCGGCCGGCCGUCGGCGACAAGCCGGAGAGGAGGAAGAUGAUGAUGGCCACCGGCGGCGGGUCCAGGUCGCCCGCGCGCGCGCUGAAGAGGCUGGCCGGCGCCCUCCUCGCCGCCGCGCGGCUCCGCGGCUCCUUCAGCGCCUCCAAAUGCAAGACAGAGGCGCGGAUGGCGGCCGCCCGGAUGAAGCUGCUGCGGAACCGGCGGGAGGCGCAGGUGCGGAAGAUGCGCGGGGACAUCGCCGCGCUGCUCCGCGACGGACGGGAGGACACCGCCCGCAUCAGGGUUGAGCAUGUAAUUAGAGAACAGAACAUUAUGGCAGCGAAUGAGAUCGUUGAACUUUUCUGCGAGUUGAUUGUUACACGCCUUCCCAUCAUUGCCAAACAGAAGGAAUGUCCAGCAGACCUGAAAGAAGGCAUCUGCAGUUUGAUAUUUGCAGCUCCAAGGUGCUCUGAACUCCCUGAGCUCAGUAGGAUGCGUGACCUCUUUGAAAAGAAGUAUGGUAAAGAUUUCGUUGCUGCUGCAGUUGAUCUGCGCCCAAAUGCUUGUGUUAAUAACCUUCUAAUUGAGAAGCUGUCAGUUAAUAAGCCUUCUGGGCAAACUAAGCUGAAAGUUCUGAAGGAGAUUGCAAAGGAGCAUCAAAUUGAUUGGGAUACAGCUGAGACUGAGCAGGAUCUUCUCAAACCUCCUGAAGAGAUGAUUCAAGGGCCUAAUUCAUUUGCUGAAGCUUCCAAUAUGCCCAUGAAGACUACUCUAUCAGCAAAUAUUGUGCAACCUAGCCCAUCCAAUUGCAGCUCUGGAUAUGCUGAUGAGUAUGAUAACGGGGGUGCUAUGCAAUUCAAAGAUACUAUCCAAUUCAAAGAUGCUGCUUCAGCUGCUCGAGCAGCUGCGGAAUCUGCUGCUCAAGCAGCAUCUGCUGCCAAGGCUGCAGCUGAUCUUGCCAAUAAGAGCGCCCAUUCAUCUGAUGAAGAUGAAGAUGAAGAUGAUGACUGGAAGACUACUCUUCGUGAGUCCACCAAUUCUAGCAGACGACAAUCAAUGAGCAACACAAGCAGAUCCUCCAGGAAAGAAAAUGUAGUUUCCUUUGAUGACAUAAAAUCCCAAGGAAGCACAUGGAGGAGAUUAAGUGGAUCAAACCAUGUGGAAGAUAAAGACACUGAUGUAGUUGAUUUGGGUACUGGAAAGAUGCGCAGAAGGAGCAGCCGUGCUGCUCGUAAGGUGCACUCGGAGAUAAAGUUUGAUGACUCGGAGGGAUGGAAUUCAGAGGCAGGGGAUGAAAGUGAUGCCGAGAUACAGUCCAUGGAAAGGCCACCACCUCCCAGAAGAGAGUCUCACCCAGGAAAUCAUCACUCCGAAGAGAAAGAACCAGAAGACGAUUUCCCUGACCCGCCAAAGGCAAACAGCACUUCCCGUGUUCAUCCAAACAUGCCUCUGGACUUCGAAACUCUGACUGCACGCUUUGAGGCACUGAGAUCAUCUGGAAAGCUUCCGUAGCGCGCAAAGUGGACCAUGAUUACACCUUUGCCGCUUUCUAAACAACACCACACCAUAUACCUGUAGGUUACUAUAUACUUCUCUAGUGCAUUUCAUUUUACUCAAUUGAGUGAAGAAGGAUUUGUGUUCUGCUCCCAAACUGCUGCUGCAUUUCUAUCGUUUGUAUAUGCCCCAGAGGUUAUUAUAUAGUUUAUCUGAAGUGAGAAUCAAACUCUUUCUGUGUGA